CGGGUGAAAGGUAGCAGCGAAGAUACUGGAAGGAGACAGCGGGACACCCUGUUGUCCGCCAAGAUGAAUUUCGGUAAAAUGUUAGGUUUUUCCAGGUCGGUAAAAGUCAGUAAAUGUUUACUUGCUUCUCCGGCGCGACGGUUAGCAGCUCCGCUUCAAACUCAGCGUUGCAUGAGGACGAGUGUGAGGAGUUUAGCCUAUGCUAAAGAUCUGUUUCUGGGAAAAGUCAACAAGAGUGAGGUCUUUCCCUACCCAGAAAUUAGUAAUGAAGAAUUAGAGGAGAUCAAUCAGUUUGUGCCCCCAGUAGAGAAGUUUUUCGGUGAAGACGUUGAUUCAAAGAAGAUUGAUGAGGAAGCCCAUAUCCCUGUUGAAACGCUAGCUGGCCUGAAGGCUCUCGGGCUGUUUGGGAUCCAAAUACCUGAGGAGUAUGGUGGCCUCGGCCUGUCAAAUACGAUGUAUGCCAGGUUAGGAGAGAUUACGUCCAUGGAUGGAGCCAUUGCCGUCACUCUUGCGGCACAUCAAGCCAUUGGUUUGAAGGGUAUCCUGAUGGCUGGAACUGACGAGCAGAAAGCUAAGUAUUUGCCCCGACUGGCUUCAGGAGAGCAUAUAGCAGCCUUCUGUCUGACUGAGCCUGGAAGUGGGAGUGAUGCUGCCUCUAUUCAAACCCGGGCUACAUUGACUGAGGAUGGGAAGCACUUCUUACUCAACGGCUCAAAGAUCUGGAUUUCCAAUGGUGGGCUAGCAGACAUUAUGACAGUGUUUGCUAGAACGGAGGUGUUGGACAAGGAUGGCCAAAAGAAAGACAAAAUUACAGCCUUCAUUGUAGAAAAAGCAUUUGGUGGGGUGACCAGCGGCAAACCAGAAGACAAACUGGGCAUCCGAGGCUCCAACACUUGUGAGGUGACCUUUGAAGACACAAAGGUGCCAGUAGAGAAUGUAAUUGGUGAAGUUGGUGGUGGAUUUAAGAUUGCAAUGAAUAUCCUGAAUAGUGGAAGGUUUAGCAUGGGCAGUGCAAGUGCAGGCAUGAUCAAGAGACUGAUCGAGAUGACCGCAGAAUAUGCAGGCACAAGGAAACAGUUCAACAGGAAACUUGCUGACUUUGGAAUGAUUCAGGAGAAGUUUGCCAUCAUGGCCCAAAGUGCCUUUGUGAUGGAGAGCAUGGCGUACCUGACUGCUGGAAUGAUGGACCGGCCUGGAUUUCCAGACUGCUCUGUAGAAGCAGCUAUGGUGAAGGUGUUCAGCUCCGAGGGUGGCUGGGUGUGUGUGAGUGAGGCACUGCAGGUGUUAGGAGGAGUGGGAUACACGAAGAAUUAUCCUUUUGAGCGCUACCUCAGAGACUGCAGGAUCCUGCAGAUAUUUGAGGGAACAAAUGAGAUCCUGAGGAUGUACAUCGCUCUUACAGGAAUGCAGUAUGCUGGUAAAAUACUAACAGGAAAAAUUAAGGAGAUGAAGAAGGGAAAUGUCGGUGUGGUGUUUGAAAUACUGGGGAAGAAGCUGAAGGGCUCUCUGGGAAGGAACGUUGACUUCGGCCUAACUGGCAAAGACGGCGUGGUGCACCCCAGUUUAACAGAAAGCGCCAAAAUGUUUGAACAGAAUGUGGCUCUUUUCGGGUCCACUGUGGAAAGUCUGCUGUACAGAUAUGGAAAGACUAUUGUGGAUGAACAGUUGGUGUUGAAGAGGGUCGCUGAUACACUUAUUAACCUGUAUGCCAUGACAGCCGUCCUGUCCCGAGCCAGCCGCUCUAUUAGCGUCGGCCUGCGGAACCACGAUGACGAGGUCUUACUCGCAAACACUUUCUGCAAGGAGGCAUACUUCAAAAACAACUACUGGAUGACUCAGCUGCAAAAAAAUUCCCCAGAGAACAAUGAUGCCAAUUUAAAGAAGAUUGCCCAGGCGGUCCUGGAAAAGCGGGCUUAUACCUGCUCACAUCCUCUUGACAGAACGUAUUAAGCUGACUCUUGUAUCUUCAGGAGACUGUACUUAUAGGACUUAUAGUAUUUAUUGCAUUCUUAUAGGAUGUUAGGGUCCAGUUCUCAAUUCUUACUGGCUGGUCCAUUAGCAAUGAUGGCAAUGCAUCAUUGCAUCUAUACAUCCAUCACAGUAAACCUCAGUCUAACCCACUCUCACUUACUAAAGGAAUACUCCAGUGUUGUUUCAUCUAAUCUCUGUCUGCUGCAUCUGUAAUCUGACAAUUAUGAUGCAUUCUGCUUGUAUUUAGAAUUCCUGAGAAGUUCUAAGUUUUUACAAACUGAUCACCAUGGAUACUUUAAAACAAGUACCCAGAACUACCACAUUGCAUUGCUGCAGUGCUGCAAAGUUGGAUAAAACUUCAUAAGAUUAGCUUUGGUAAGACAUUCUCAGUCUGUCUCAUCAUAAUACCUGCGCUGGUGAGAGUAAAAAGGUAGUAGUUUUAAAUUUGCAUUAUAAAGACACUUUCAAAUGUUUAUUCAUAGAACUUAGCAACUGACGUUAUGAAAGAUGUGGCAACCUAGAGUAUUCCUUUGAUGUAGAAAUGUUCAUUUUAAUAUACUUGUAUAAAUAUAAUUUACUACAUUGAGAUUAAACUGAUGGAACUGAGCUGAUAUCACCAGUAUCAGCAUGACCUUUAACAUUUCUGACAUUUCUCUUUUACUUUAUUUGAAGAGGCUCCAAUACCACCAAAGUGCUCCUUAAUACAGUGGUUCUCAAGCCAGUUUAGAACUGUGGAACAGUCUGGUGGACUCUCCCCAAUGACUGCUGAAACUCUGCCAAGUUCAUCCUUCAAAACAGCCUUUUUAUUGCAUGUGUACAGUAACACUGUCGUUAGUUCUUGUUUCUGUGAUAUUGCUCCUAAGCUGAGUGUGGGCUGGCGUGGUUUGAGUAGGCUUCUGAAACGUGCAGUUUUUUCUCUUCAUCUGUAAGAGUCAGGGCAGCCCGUUUUUGCUGAAAGGGGUGAGGUCUCCAGUGACAUCUGUAAAAAGCAGACUGUUCCUUCAGUCAUCUGAAUUUAUUUUGCCUUUUUUUUUUUUCUUCUCAGCAAACCAGGUGCACACACAUACAGUACUGUGUAAAAGUCAGAGACCACACUUUCAUUUAUUUCAUUUCCAGUUUAUACAGUCAAAGUUAUUCAUUUGCCAGUAUUGGGGUAAAACAUGAAACAUACAUUCAACAGAAAAUUCCACGCAAGCCCCAAAUUGGGAUAAUUGCUUAGGACUUCAGUACUUGGUUUUUUCAUGGUGACAGUUUUGGUGGUCUACCAGGUCCAAUGUCUCUAUAUCUUUCAAAUGUUUUUGAAUUGCAGGUACGUGUACAUGGUUUUAUUCUUUUUUUUUUUUUCUUACUAUCCUUUGACUUUGCCCUCUUCUAUAUGCAAGUGUAGUAUAUCAAAAAGUUCUGCUCUCCCCAGCUUUAUAUCCCUUUAGACAUUUUAGAUGCACAUGGCAAAGAAAUCUGCAGCUAAAGUGUUUGAAUAGUUGGGUGUGUCCCUUUGAAGAGACACUAACAGUGUCCAUAGCAGGUUUUCCGCCUGCCAGUUUUUUUGUGAAUUUUGAAAAAUGUGCCAAAAAAAAAACAGCAUUAAAAAAGCCAGAAAUUUGAUUGAUAAAUAAAUAAAUAAACACCACCCAAAUAUUGGGAAAAAGUUUUACAAUAGGACGUGGCUGAAAAAUCAGAAUAUCGCUAAAGCGAAAAAGGGUGAUGGAAAAGAGUUCAAAUAACCAGUGACUUAUCAAGCUGUGAGAAACGAUUAGCCCUAUAGAUGUUGCGACCACAGCAUGUAGUUUUUCAAAAGCUGCUUUCGUCAUUCUGAAAUGCCUAAUCAAAAGCUUGUUUGCAAAAGGCUCUGCGCAGCAAGCUUACAGAAUUGUCUGGUGUGUUUGCAUUCUCAGAUGCCAGGUGCACAUGGUUAGGGUGGCACUGAGAUUUUAGUCCUCAUGAGGUGGGCCAUUGCUUGUCCUGUCUAGCUGAUUGGAAUGAUGGAACGUGGAGAAAUAAUGCUUUUGUUUUCUAUUAAAUAUAUGGCUUUUCCUGAAACUAAAAACUGAAUAACAAAUAAUUAAUAACUGGAAAUAAAUGAAUAAAUGAAAAGGACAAUAGAUAUACUGCACUAAUUGUGGGGCUUCAAUCAAAUGGGCCAUCUUUACUCACCCAAGUUGGGACAUGGAGUAUUGGACUGUGUGGGUUGGGUUGGAGUUUGUAUCCACUUGAGGCCUGUGGUUCCAGAAGAGUCCAGCUGAUGUUGACCUGCUCUCUCUGUCUUUGUUGGAUGUGUCAGUUUGCUGGGCCACAGAAAACACUGGCAUGGGCUGAAAAUACACUUUUUACUGAACUCUUUCUAAUGUAGCACAAUUACUUUAAAUAUUCCUGAGUGUGGGGUACAUUAAAGUGCUAAAUAUA